UAUGUGGAAGUCUCGAGGACAUUAGACAUUAGUUUUUGGUAAUUUUUGUGCAGCAGUAGACUGAGACACCUCCAUUCCUCCACUGCACUGUGCUUUGACUGCUGGGCCUUGUAGAGUACAUGCUCAUUAAAAACCCACACAAUGAAAAAAACCCCAGACUACUUAUUUUUGGAGGUUAUUUGCAUUAUGUGAUUUGAUUGGGUAAACUUUUGUGGCAAGUAGGGGAAGUAACCAAUAAAUAUGCACUUUGGUUACCAGACUGUCUAUAGCCAAUCAUGAACCAUUAUUUUCUUUUAUGUCAUAGUAGCUUGCCAUGUAACAGGAACCCAACCAGAUAUUGCUUUACUUUGUUUUUUACUUAAGUACCAGCUCAGUGUUAAAUUGGAUGUCUUUAGAUUUAACUUUUGGAUUAAUUUCAAGUAGUUAUUUUCUCUUCUUCAUCCAUUACCGCUUAAUAUCAAUCUCAAGUCCAAGAAACAUAUUCUUGUGUGUCUUGGAAACAGUGGAUUGUAUUGAAGGAUGUAAUUAUUUCAUUUUGGUCUGAGGCCUGCUCUUUGAUUAUGUGAUUGGAAUAUUUGUUUUCCUUUGCUUUAUAAUUUUUAUUUGAAAACUCUUAACCUAAAAUAUUUAUCUACGAAUCUGUGGAAUUCAGCCUGGUAGUUGGGACAUUGAAUUCCCUUCAGUAGAAUUUGCCAGCACCCAGAAGACUUUUUCUUCAGCUGCAGCUAAUCUUAAAGGGCCUAUCCAAAUCAUAUACUUACAGGGUGAAGAGAGAACAGGAAUCUUUGUCCCCUAACUUUGGAAAUUUUGUGUAACCUUCAAACUGGCGAUGUCAAGGGUUCCAAGUCCUCCACCUCCGGCAGAAAUGUCGAGUGGCCCUGUAGCCGAGAGCUGGUGCUACACGCAGAUCAAGGUAGUGAAAUUCUCCUACAUGUGGACCAUCAAUAACUUUAGCUUUUGCCGGGAGGAAAUGGGUGAAGUCAUUAAAAGUUCAACAUUUUCAUCAGGAGCCAAUGAUAAACUGAAAUGGUGUUUGAGAGUAAACCCAAAAGGGCUAGAUGAAGAAAGCAAAGAUUACCUGUCACUUUACCUGUUACUGGUCAGCUGUCCAAAGAGUGAAGUUCGGGCAAAAUUCAAAUUCUCCAUCCUCAAUGCCAAGGGAGAAGAAACCAAAGCCAUGGAGAGUCAACGGGCGUAUAGGUUUGUGCAAGGCAAAGACUGGGGCUUCAAAAAAUUCAUCCGCAGAGAUUUUCUCUUGGACGAAGCCAACGGGCUUCUCCCUGAUGACAAGCUUACCCUCUUCUGUGAGGUGAGUGUGGUGCAGGAUUCUGUCAACAUUUCCGGCCAGAAUACCAUGAACAUGGUGAAGGUUCCUGAGUGCCGGCUGGCCGAUGAGUUAGGAGGACUGUGGGAGAAUUCCCGGUUCACAGACUGUUGUUUGUGCGUUGCCGGCCAGGAAUUCCAGGCUCACAAAGCUAUCCUGGCAGCCCGUUCUCCGGUGUUCAGUGCCAUGUUCGAGCACGAAAUGGAGGAGAGCAAAAAGAAUCGGGUUGAAAUCAACGAUGUGGAGCCUGAAGUCUUUAAGGAAAUGAUGUGCUUCAUUUACACGGGGAAGGCUCCGAACCUGGACAAGAUGGCUGAUGACUUGCUGGCAGCUGCUGACAAGUAUGCCCUGGAGCGUUUGAAGGUCAUGUGUGAGGAUGCCCUCUGCAGUAACCUCUCCGUGGAGAACGCUGCAGAAAUUCUCAUCUUGGCUGACCUCCACAGCGCAGAUCAAUUGAAAACUCAGGCAGUGGAUUUCAUCAACUACCAUGCUUCGGAUGUCUUGGAGACCUCCGGGUGGAAGUCCAUGGUGGUGUCACAUCCCCACUUGGUGGCUGAGGCGUACCGCUCUCUGGCUUCAGCACAGUGCCCCUUUCUGGGACCCCCACGCAAGCGCCUGAAGCAGUCCUAAGAUCCUGCUGUCGUGAGACUCCGUUGAUUUUCCUGAAGCGGCGGCCACUGUUGCUGCCACUGACCACCAGGUAGACAGCGCAGUCUGUGGAGCUUUGACUCUGCCGUGGGGGAGACUGCGCUGUGGCCCCAGACUUUUAAAGCAGCACUAAAUAAACUUGGGGGAACGGGGGGAGGGAAGGGCCAGGGACUCGGGGCUGUUCGACCUAAUGAAAACCCUGUUGCUGUGUCACUGUGUUCCCUUUGGCCUGGCCGAGUGCGAUCCCGUGGGAUUCGGUUUAGGCGCUGGCCCUGAGGACAUCCUGGCGGCGUGGUACUUGGAGAAACCUGUCUGCAUCUGACGGAGCAGAACCAGUCGUCAGGGGCCUGGAGCAAAAGGAAAAAGGAAGAAGGACAUUUAGUUUUAAGACAAGGGGAAAGAAAAGGAAAGAAGAAAGGAUUUUUGCAGAAUUUCUCAAAAAUCAGUUUGUGGAUUCCAGUACUAUUUAUAUUGAGAGAAGUUCCAGUCCAUCCAACUGUGCUAAAACUGGGAUAUUUGUGACAGACUCCUCCCCACCCUGCGAGUAUCAGAAGAGCUCUCUGGCCGUUAGCACUUAUGUUUGCAAGAACAGAGUAUAUAUCCUUUUGUCCCUUUAUGAAAAGUGACGAGUGAAGGCGAGAGGAGGAGGUUAUUUGAUCUGGAAGAUGAGUGUUCUGAUGUGGUGGCUUUUGCAGAAAAUCUUUAUUAGUGUUGAAAACUGGAAAAAAAAUAAUUCACCCAGAAUUCAUACUGUCUUGACAAGAACUAUGGUUCUCUGUUUUUAGAUAUUGUGGAAAAUGUUUUUUUGGCAUUUUUCUCUGAUUUUAUUUCUUGUUCCUCCCCCACCCCCUUUUCUUAAAAAAAGGAAAAAAAAACACAAAACAAAAAGAAGAGAAAAGCAAAUUUUAUUAUUCAUGCUGUGUGAAAAAACUCCCAGCCCCGACUGCUCAGCCGUUCGUGCCUGCGCCUGCGCAGGAGCCAGUUCUGCCCCUUCCGGUUCAUCCCUCUUCCUGCAGGGGAGAGGUUCCAAAUGUUAAUUUUUUUCUUUUU